CUUGCCUUGCGCGUGCGCGCCCGGAAAGGGGCGGGGUUAUUUCUCUCUCUCCUUCCCCACUCCCAAUAGCCGCGGCGCUAUGGAAAGUGGAGGCGUUGCGUCGUAGGCCGCGCGCCGGGAAGGAGGUCUCUUAAUGUUCAGUGGUACAGCUGCACUGUUGAACUGUAAGGAGCCCCGUGGGUUUGGGGCGCCGGUAUGAUUGCAGAGAUGAGGCCUGCUACUUCCACGGAUGAAGAAGAAAAUGCUACAUUUAAAAUUUUGGUUGCUACCGACAUUCAUCUUGGGUAUUUGGAGAAGGACGCGGCACGUGGAAAUGAUACGUUUGUAACAUUUGAUGAAAUAUUGAAACUUGCUCAAGAUAAUGAGGUGGAUUUUCUUUUAUUAGGAGGCGAUCUCUUUCAUGAAAACAAACCUUCCAGAAAAACAUUACAUACUUGCUUAGAAUUAUUAAGAAAAUAUUGUAUGGGCGACCGUCCUAUACAGUUUGAAAUUCUGAGUGACCAGUCAGUUAAUUUUGGUUUUAGCAAGUUUCCUUGGGUGAACUACCAAGAUGACAAUCUCAACAUUUCUAUUCCAGUUUUUAGUAUUCAUGGCAACCAUGAUGAUCCAACAGGGGCAGAUGCUCUUUGUGCUUUGGACAUCUUAAGUUGUGCAGGACUUGUGAAUCAUUUUGGACGAUCACCAUCUGUAGAGAAGAUAGACAUUAGUCCUGUUUUGCUUCAGAAGGGCAGUUCCAAAAUUGCUCUUUAUGGAUUAGGAUCUAUUCCAGAUGAGAGGCUUCACAGAAUGUUUGUGAACAAGCAAGUAACUAUGCUGAGACCAAAGGAAGAUGAAGAUAGUUGGUUUAAUCUGUUUGUAAUUCACCAGAACAGGAGCAAACAUGGUGCCACAAAUUAUAUUCCGGAACAGUUUCUAGAUGAUUUUAUUGACCUUGUAAUUUGGGGUCAUGAGCAUGAAUGUAAAAUAGCUCCUGCCCGAAAUGAACGACAACUUUUCUAUGUGUCUCAGCCAGGAAGUUCAGUGGUCACAUCUUUGUCACCAGGAGAAGCUGCCAAAAAACAUGUUGGCUUGCUGCGCAUCAAAGGCAAAAAAAUGAAUAUGCAAAAGAUUCCUCUCCAAACAGUACGGCCUUUCUACAUUGAGGACAUUGUUCUUGCUGACCAUCCUGACAUCUUUAAUCCCGACAAUCCUAAAGUAACACAAGCGAUACAAGCUUUCUGCAUGGAAAAGGUUGAAGCCAUGUUGGACAAUUCAGAAAGAGACCGUCUUGACAACCCCAGACAACCGGAUAAGCCUCUAAUAAGAUUACGAGUAGAUUACAGUGGAGGCUUUGAACCAUUCAACAUUGUGCGUUUCAGCCAAAAGUUCAUGGAUAGGAUAGCUAAUCCCAAAGAUAUCAUACAUUUUUUCAGGCACCGGGAGCAAAAAGAGAAAAAUGAUGAGAUUAACUUUGGAAAACUGGUCCACAAGCCUGCAUCAGAGACAACAACUUUGAGGGUAGAGGAUCUUGUUAAACAAUACUUCCAGACAGCUGAGAAGAAAGUGCAGCUUUCCCUCCUGACUGAAAGAGGCAUGGGAGAGGCAGUGCAAGAGUUUGUGGAUAAGGAGGAGAAGGAUGCGAUUGAGGAGCUGGUGAAAUUCCAGCUAGAGAAGACGCAGCGGUUUCUGAAGGAACGCCAUACAGAUGCAGAGGAAACCAAAAUUGAUGAAGAGGUGCAACGCUUUAGAGAGUCGAGAAGAAAAAACACCAUGGAGGAGGACGAGGAAGUUCGAGAGGCUUUAAACAGGGCCAAAGCUCAUAGAUCUCAGGGAGCCUAUCAUGCUUCCGUCAGUAGUGAUGAUGACCUCAUGGAUGUGGCUGCCUCUGGUCAAAGGGCUAAUGAUGAUUCGGAUGAUGAUGAUUUGCCACCCAGCAGAGGAAGAGGGAGAGGUCGGGCAAGAGGCGGUAAAGGGCAGAACGCAGCAGCAAGAGGAGCAUCUCGACGAGGAAGAGGAGGAGGCAUUGGCCAGGACCAGAUGAUUAGCAGCAGAACAUAUAAAUCUGCACCCGUCCCUACAAAGAAUAUGUCCAUCAUGGAUGCUUUCAAGUCAUCAAGACAGCAACCUCCCCGGAAUAUGCCAGUCAAGAGUUAUUCAGAGGUAAUUGAAGAUGAUGACUCUGAUUUGGAAGAAGUAUCUUUUACUCCAUCCUCCACUGCAAAUCCAAGAUCGUUCGGAGCAUCAGCAUCUAGCAAAAGGAGCUCACAGAGCCUGGCAUCAAAAGGAGUAGACUUUGAAUCCGAUGAGGAUGAUUCUGAGUUAUUCAAGAGCACUUCAAGAAGAAGCAGGCGAUAAUUUCAGAGCCCGCUGUAUGGAAGGAUAAUGCAGGCGGGGGAAAAAACCCCUCUGGAAAUUCUGUAAAGGAAUCUUACGAUCUAUGCAGCUUUUCUCCAAUAAUUUCACAGUUAAUUACAUGUUGCCUUGAAAUGUUUUGCUUCCUUGAUGGAGGAGUAAUUGUUACUUAUUCUCUAUAUGUAGUAUCACUUAAUGCAAAUGACAUUUCUAAUAGCUGAACCAUAUUCCUCCCUGCCCUUGUUUAAGAUAGAAUAAAUACUCAAAAAAGAUGAUGAGGCAAUGGGCCCAUUGCCCAGGCCAUAGCUGAGGAACAGCCAGUGAUUUUUAAAAUUCCAUUGCCUUUUUUAUAUUACAGAGGAAUAAAUGAGACCUUUUUCUGUAAGUGAAUCGACAGUGCUCUCGCUUGCUUUCUUUGUUUCUUAAACCUUAUACUUCAGUCAUAGAGGGAAUGCUGACAGUGUUAAGUAUUAAAUCCAUCUUGGCUGCUUCCUGUAAGCAGGAGGCAGUAAGCAGGGCUUGCCAAGUCCUUGGAUAUAAAAUGUGACUCUCAUUCCGAAACUGUUUAUAAGCUUAAAAGUACAGUUCAGCAUGAAGAAUCUCAGAAAGCAUAAAUAGCUUUAGGGUAAUGCCUUAUUCUGAAUGCUUUGCAACACUUUCUUAGCAAUUCCACCAGCUGGCUACGUUGAGCUGGUGCUGGUGGGAUGCCUGCCUGUAAUUGUAAGAAAAAUUGGCAGGGAUUUAAUUGACAUGCAUAGAAAGUAGUAAAUUGAGAUGGUACAUGGAUAAAAGGCCAUAGCCCCACCUGGCGUUUCUUAUUUUUCAGUUCUUCCUCUGUUUUGUAUCUGCCCAAAUUAUGGCCAUUGUUUCAUUGACUUCGGAAACAUCAGUCCGAAAGAAGGGUACCUGAAGAUAAUUUCCAACAUAAAGAGCCAUGUUGGAUUUGGUAAAUGUUUGAGUGGAGCGGUAUAUUUUUACAUGGAAAGUCCAUUGACAACGGUGAUGAUAUUUUUAUAGACAUUUUAACUGUCUUAGAAAAACACAUAGGAGAACAAAUAAUGUUAUUUAUUUGUUAUGGAACUGUUAAAUACUGGGGCUUUCUUAAAAUUCUAUAUUUUUCCUUCUCAUAUUAUCAAGAUUUUGGGUGGGUUCAUAAUGCCUGCUUAGAAUACUUCUGAAUUUUGGUUUGGUCUUAUCAAACAUAGAAUCAGAAAAGAGGCUCUUGAUUAUACUGCAAUAAGGAGAAAGGUACAGUGAAUAGUGACUGCAUUGAAGUACUUAUUUUCGUUGAUUUCUCUGUGGAGUGCCUUCAUGAUCGGAAGCCCCAGAACCUCCCCAUGCUUCAUCCACAACCUGUUUUCGUCUCCUUGUUGGCCAAACCUACCAGCUAGAAUAGAGAUGUGUUUCAGAAACUAAUAUUCUGUAUACAACCAUUUUGCAAAUAAAUUUACAAAAAGCAA